AUGUCUGCUACUCCACCCUCAGGGUCUCUGGUUGGGGUCGGAGAUGUCAUUUCACAGCAGCUGGUUGAGAGGAAAGGUCUGCAACGUCAUGACUUCGAAAGAACCAUGAAAAUGAUGGGGAUUGGAUUUUGUUUUGUGGUAAUAUACUUGGCACGGUCCCUGUCUGUCAGUUCUUUGUUUAUUUCCGUAUUAUCUUUCAUCAUAUUCCCCCAUUUUCCCCACUUACAGGGCCCUGUGGUUGGCGGCUGGUUAAAAACCCUUGAGUCUCUUGUUCCUGGAAGCAGCAAAUCAGUCGCAUUGAAGAAAAUGCUCUUAGACCAGGUACCAAACCUCUGUCUGUAUCACCCUGCAGUGGGAGGGACAGACUCCGUGUUCCAUAGCUCCUUCUGUCUGUGUCACCCUGCAGUGGGAGGGACAGACUCCGUGUUCCAUAGCUCCUUCUAUCUGUGUCACCCUGCAGUGGGAGGGACAGACUCUGUGUCCCAUAGCUCCUUCUGUCUGUGUCACCCUGCAGUGGGAGGGACAGACUCCAUGUCCCAUGGCUCCUUCUGUCUGUGUCACCCUGCAGUGGGAGGGAAAGAUUCCGUGUCCCAUAGCUCCUUCUGUCUGUGUCACCCUGCAGUGGGAGGGACAGACUCCGUGUCCCAUAGCUCCUUCUGUCUGUGUCACCCUCCGUGUCCCAUAGCUCUCUCUGUCUGUGUCACCCUGCAGUGGGAGGGACAGACUCAGUGUCCCAUAGCUCCCUUCUAUCUGUGUCACCCUGCAGUGGGAGGGACAGACUCCGUGUCCCAUAGCUCCUUCUGUCUGUGUCACCCUGCAGUGGGAGGGACAGACUCCGUGUCCCAUAGCUCCUUCUGUCUGUGUCACCCUGCAGUGGGAGGGACAGACUCCGUGUCUCAUAGCUCCCUCUGUCUGUGUCACCCUGCAGUGGGAAGGACAGACUCCGUGUUCCAUAGCUCCCUCUGUCUGUGUCACCCUGCAGUGGGACGGACAGACUCCGUGUCCCAUAGCUCCCUCUGUCUGUGUCACCCUGCAGUGGGAGGGACAGAUUCCGUGUCCCAUAGCUCCUUCUGUCUGUGUCACCCUGCAGUGGGAGGGACAGAUUUCGUGUCCCAUAGCUCCUUCCGUCUGUGUCACCCUACAGUGGGAGGGACAGACUCCGUGUCCCAUAGCUCCCUUCUGUCUGUGUCACCCUGCAGUGGGAGGGACAGACUCCGUGUCCCAUAGCUCCUUCUGUGUGUGUCACCCUACAGUGGGAGGGACAGACUCCGUGUCCCAUAGCUCCCUCUGUCUGUGUCACCCUACAGUGGGAGGGACAGAUUCCGUGUCCCAUAGCUCCUUCUGUCUGUGUCACCCUGCAGUGGGAGGGACAGACUCCGUGUCCCAUAGCUCCUUCUGUCUGUGUCACCCUGCAGUGGGAGGGACAGACUCUGUCCCAUAGCUCCCUUCUGUCUGUGUCACCCUGCAGUGGGAGGGACAGACUCUGUGUCACCCUGCAGUUGGAAGGGUAUACUAGGUGUCACCUUGCAGUGGGAUGGCAGAUUCUGUGUUACCCUUAAUUUGGAGCACAGAUCACUGUGACCCAUAGCUUCCUGCUGCAGAAAGUGUGCUGGUUUUGAGUUUAUUCCUUGUGCUUUCUCUCCAGGGUGGUUUUGCACCAUGCUUCCUUGGUGGUUUUCUGGCGAUAGUUGGUGCUUUGAACGGUCUUUCCAAAGAGGAAAUUUGGAGCAAGGUAAAGAGGGUGAGUUGCUGAAUAUCUGUUGUCUGUAUGUGUCAGGUAUAAUUGCUAGACGAGGUACAGGGACAUUUCAUAACUUAAAGGGACACUAUAGUUACCAAAAUCACUUUCGAUUAAUGAAUCAGUUUUGGUGUAUAGAUCACGACCCUGCAGCCUCACUACUCAAUUCUCUGCCAUUUAAGAGUUAAAUCGCUUUGUUUAUGCAGCCCUAUGCACAUCACCUACGUGGCUAGCACAGCCUCCCUAAACACUUCCUGUAAAGAGUUAUCUAGUGAUUACACUUCCCUUAUUGCAAAUUGUUUAUUUUAGGAUUUCUUAUCUCCUGUUCUGUUAAUAGCUGGCUAGAGCCUGCAGGAUCCUCCUGUGUGUAAUUAAAGUUCAAUUACAGAGCAGGAGAUAAAAACGUUUUAAGUUAACAUCUGAUUGAAAAGAAACCAUUUUGUUUUCAUGCAGGCUGUGUCAGUUACCACAAAGGGAGGUGUGGCUUGAGUGGCAUGGACAGAAACAAAAGUGAUUUAACUCCUAAAUGGCAAAUAAUUAAGCAGUGAGACUGUAGGGACAUGAUCUAUUCUAUACAUUAUAACUGCUUCAGUUAGCUAAAGUUGUUUUGGUGACUAUAGUGUCCCUUUAAAAUAAAAUUUGUGACUUCAUGUUGUGCAAUAGUUUGGCAGUGACCUCACAGGGUACAGAUAAUCUGGUGGGGAGGUGUGAUUCGAUUCAGUGUAUAUGUACCUCAGAGUACAUUCUAUAGCGGUGAGGAGUAUAUACAAACGGGCAGCAAGCUGUGACAAAUCUCAGGCUAUGUAUAAUAUGGAAGUACAGUGUUUUUUUCUUUCCGGUUCUAUAUGUCUAUACAUUGGUCAGCCACAACUUCAAAACCACCUGGCUAAUAUCAUGUAGAUCCCCCUUAAAGACCAAACUUCUGGAAUAAAAGGGAAUCAUGACAUGUCACAUGUCAUGUGUCCUUAAGGGGUUAAACAUGUUGAGGUGUGGACUCCAAGAGGACCUCUGAACAUGUCCUGUGGUAUUUGGCACCAAGACAUUAGCAUCGGAUCCAUUAAGUCCUGUGAGGUGUGGCUCCUAUGGAUCGAAUAUGUUAUCCAACACAUCCCACAGAUGUUCAAUCAGAUUGAGAUCUGGGGAAUUUAAAGGCCAAGGCAACACCUUAAACUCUGCCAUGUUCCUCAAACCAUUCCUGGACAAUGAUGGCAGGGUGCAUUAUCCUGCUGAAAGAGGCCACUGCCAUCAGGGAACACCAUUGCCAUGAAAGGGUGAACGUGGUCUGCAACAAUCUCUAGGUGGGUGGUACAUGUUUCCCAGCAGAACAUUGCAUAGACUAGAGCAUAAUACUGACUCCACCAGCCUGCCUUCUUCCCAUUGUGCAUUCUGCUGCCAUUUUCUUCCCAAGGUAAAUGAAUCACAUGCACCCAGCCAUCCACCUGAUGUAAAAGAAAAUGUGAUUCAUCAGUCCAAUUAACCUUAUUCCAUUACUCCAUGGUCCUAUUUUUACGCUCUUAUCCCGUGGGCUCACUGACCGCUCUGCAGCUACGCAGCCCCACACACGGCAAACUGUGACGCACUGUGUAUUGUGACACCUUCCUAUCAAGGCCAGUGUUCCGUUUUUUUCAGCAAUUUGAACUGCAGUAGCGUGUGAUCUGACCAGACGGGCUAGCCUUUGCUCCCAAUGUGCAUCAAUGAGCCUUGGGCACCCAUGACACUGACGCCGGUUCACUGGUUGUCCUUCCUUGCACCACUUUUGGUAGGUAUUAACCACUACAUACUGGGAUCACCCCACAGACUUGCCGUUUUGGAGAUCCUACUACCCAGUUGUAGCAGACUCUGGCUAAACCGACCAGUUAUCUCGGCUAAUUCCUUCCUUCAGCCGCUUAGGAACCACGUAUAGUAAUAUAAAGAGACUCCUUUCCCCCAGUAACUGGACGACACACAGUUCUUGAGGUACAACACCAUUUUAUUGCCACACAUGGCUUUUAUGCAUAGGACCCGUGCAAGGGGUCUUCCACACACAUAAACCGGGGUUAUCGCAGGAUCCUCUAUGCUUGGGGGGUCGCUGUUCCUUUGUCUCCCAAAUAUGGAAAGCACGUCACUCAGACGAGGGGGUCUCCCACCCAGGACGACAGGGGGGGCUUCAUCCCAGUAGCCUCUGUGCCUGGUAGCCAAGGCGUGGGAAAAGGGACCGUCUCCCAAGCACAGAAAAGCCUGCCAAACUAGCCAGUUCCCCACAAGUGUCCCCACCAACCUCAGGCGAUCUCACACUGGCACAUUCUCCAGGCAACCUCUGUUCGCGAGAUUCAUGUGCUGAACCCUGCAAGGGAAGCGCCUCCUUUUGGGGUACGAAUGCUCCCCCUGGUUGGCAUUUGCGUAUAUGGCGGCCACCCGGGGGGCAUUCGUUAAUUACUUCCCUUGCAUACUCAUGUUGUCAGUGCAAACGUUCUAAUGGGGGGGGGGGGGUCGUUCUAAUGGGCACUUGGGUGGUCUUCGUUCGGGAGACGAACGAGUUGGGAAACAAUCCACGAAUACUCCCCCUGGCUGACAUUCGUCUAUAUGAAAUGGUUCACUUAUUGCUUCCCUUGCAGUUUCGCAACAACGCUAGAGGUGAGAAUGUUCUACUAGCAUUCUAAAUGGGAUAUCGGGGUGGUCCUCGUUUGGGAGUCGAAGUUCCUUUCAUAGGGGCGCUCCCUAGCAGGGAGCGGGUACAAUAGAAGGGCAAGGGGAAAAACACACAGUAUAACUAGAAAGCACCCGAACCAGUGGUGGUUCCGCCACACCAGUAGUCUAGCCAUCACUAUUUGGCCCUUGUCAAAGUCACUUGCCCAUUUUCUUCCAACACAUGAAAUUCAAGAACUGACUUCACUUGCUGCCCAAUAUAACCAACCCAUUGACAGGCGCCAUUGUAGCGAUAUAAUCUGUUAUUCACUUCACCUGUCGGUGGGUUUAGUGUGGCUGAUCAGUGUAUAAUAAGGCAGUGAGUGUGAUAUAGUUCUGGGUUUAUGUAAUGAAGUGCACUUCGCCACUUGGUCCUGGAGAGGCCUGCUUGCCAGCCUCCUGCCCUGCGACUAUGGCCCAUGGGAGAUUGUACGUGUUUAAACCAGCAUUUGGGCAUAUGGAUGUUUAUUGUACAGUGCUGGCCCUUUAAAAACAGUGUAUGGACAUACUGAAACGUUUGAGACACUUUUUCUGCCCCAUUGAAUUCAUGGGAAGGUGUGCCUCUUCCCCUUCACCAGCAGGGAGUUGUCCCAGGGACACUGCCAGACCAGUGGGAAGUGAUUUGGGCAGGAAAAGCCAUGCUUGCAAGUCAUAACAAAGGACUUUGACCUAACUUUUAAACCCAUGAACCUAUUCAAGUGAAUUUUGGAUAUGUUUGUCCCCAAGUUAUACUGGUUAAAAUAAUAUAAGUUUUAUGUAUGUACGAUGUAAACUCACAGUUAUAAAAAUGUAUAAAAAGUGUAACUUUUCAGCUUGGAGAUAAUUGAUUAGAUACAGUAAUUGACUAAAUUAUCUCCUAAGCAGAGGGGAGGAAUAUGAUGGGUGUGUUUCUAUUGUCCUAUUGUGUGUGAUUGGCUGCUGUACUUGCAUUGUAUAUGUUGUAAUGUGUUUAUUGGUUGUUCUGAAAAACCCUGUGGGUGGUACUAUGUGUGGAAAACCUGCAUAAAAGAAGACCCUUUGGUGCCAAAUAAACAGAUCUUCUUGACCCUCAAUACGUAGCCUUGUCUCGUUAUUGGAGGGAACUGCUAUAUCACACUGGGGAUUGCUAUGCUCUGUAUACUCCCCUGAGCUUUUAAUCACUUAGCUCUUUUAAGAGCUGUUCCUGUUACGCUCUCCUGGAGGAGAGGUCUUCCCCACACGGUCCUGGAGGACAGAAGCUGAUCCAGGGUGGAAGGAAGACGGCGAGACUCCACUUAAGCUACGGCGGUUGUGGGGUCUGCGGUGGUUGUGGUCUCUGGUGCGGUGCUUGUGGUCCUCGGCAAGCUAGGAAGCGUCAAUUAACGGAAGGCUUGGGGACAAGAGACUUUGCUGUUAGUGGAAAGCUGACAGGAGGAGGAGCCUGGUAUGUGGCAGUGCUUGCCAGUGGGAGGAGCUUUGUGGUGGAUUUGGUCAGUGCGUGGAGCUUUGUGGUGGAUUUGGUCAGUGGGAGGAGCUUUGCUGUGGAUUUGGUCAGUGCGUGGAGCUUUGCUGUGGAUUUGGUCAGUGGGAGGAGCUUUGUGGUCGAUUUGGUCAGUGGGUGGAGCUUUGUGGUGGAUUUGGUCAGUGGGAGGAGCUUUGCGGUGGGUUUGGUCAGUGGGAGGAGCUUUGCGGUGGGUUUGGUCAGUGGGAGGAGCUUUGCGGUGGGUUUGGUCAGUGAGUGGAGCUUUGUGGUGGGUUUGGUCAGUGGGAGGAGCUUUGCGGUGGGUUUGGUCAGUGGGAGGAGCUUUGCGGUGGAUUCGGUAUGUAAUAAUACGUUUGUUUUUGUUUGUUUUCCAGGAUUAUAAAGAUGCGCUGAUUACAAAUUACUACGUGAGUUUUCUGCAUGUUGUUUGACACGCUGAUUGGUAUUAUUAGCAUGUGACUUCUAAGAAACAUUUUACCGAUCACUCUCCCUCCCACAAUCAUCAUUUGUGUCUUUAUAGUGUUAUCCCUGGUUUCAUAUGUGUUUUUUAUAUAUAUUUGAAAAACCCCACAUAGAUUCUUCGUCUGCAGCCAAAAGUCACUAACAUUGAUAUAGAAAGGGUAGUAGAUACAUGGAAUGGCCUCUCAGUGGGAGCAGUAACAGUGAUAUAGAAAGGGUAGUAGAUACCUGGAAUAGCCUCUCAGUGGGAGCAGUAAAGACCAACAGUGAUAUAGAAAGGGUAGUAAGCAUAAGCUAUAGUAAUGAGACAAUCCUGUUGGUCUCUGAUUAGUGAUACAGAGUUUCUCUGUGUGUUGCAUGACUCUCAGAAUAACACAGCAGGAUGCAGGACAUUCCUAUUUAUUCACCAGUUCCUUUUUUUUGGGUAGAUCUGGCCGGCCGUGCAGAUUGCAAACUUCUACUUCAUCCCUUUAUAUCACCGGUAUGUAAUAAUGUGCGUGCGCAUUGCCCUGAUAUGCUGCAAUUUCAGCUUAAUAUAAUAAACUAUAUUUUAAUGCUAAAUUUAUUAUCACUCUGAUUCCUUCCGUAGUCUGGGUAUAUAUUAAUUAAUCUGUCGCAAAAUCCUUUUAAUCCCCACCCAAACAAAUCGGUUCAUCUGGAAAAUAAAUUACUUCGGGCAUGGAUUAAAGAGAGUUGAUUAUGGAAACACAUUUUUCCCUCCAGAUUAGAGGCAGUGCUCUACGACUGGGAUUUCUUCUAAAUCUUGAGCGAUAAUAUCCGGCAGACCGUAAAAUGUAUAUUGGUUAGAUUCACCCCCAAACUACUCCUUUGAUGCCAUAUAAAUGCGGCAAACCCCCAAAACACUCGGUUCUCUGCGUGCCUUUGGCAGGAGUGGAUAAUCCGUCACUCAGCUUUAUUUUUAUUUUUGGGACACAGUGAGGCAGCUGCAGCUCCAGAGAGGCACUGUCCAUUUUCGUUAGGAAGCCGAUUGCGUCCGGCGCUUCCUACAUUUACUUUGGUGGAACUCACGCCGGAUGCCUCCAUUCCACCUUUAUUAUUUUUGCCUAAGCCGCACCUUGACCCGGAAAUCAUGAAAAGGGGCAAGUCACACGAGCUGGACGGUCCUGGUGAUAUAACGCAGUGCGCAUCACAAUUUUCGUUCUUUCAGGUGCAAAAAUUCAAAUUUUAAGAACCUCUUAAAGGAAAAGGGGAAAACACUUAAAUCCUUUCUGAUGCAUCCUCCGUUAAGAAUUAAUGCUUAGGGAAUGGAAAGAGAGUCUUUAUAUCAAACACUUUAAAACUAUUUUCUCAAUCCGAGAAGCAUUUGAUAGUAAAUUAGAAGAUUUGCCAAACGUAGAUGUUCCCAUUGCUUAAUUGGUAAAGAAAACUACUUUGCCUGUAGGUGAUUCCUGCGGCCUUUAAGAUUCUAUGAGUAGCAGAACAGAAUCUUCCUAUCCUCCAAGCAAGGCCCUGAUUGCUGGUACUUCUGUGGCCAAGGCUUGGAGGUUUAGGCUAGAAUCAUUAGAAAAGGUUUUAAUAUUAAAAUGGUGUCUUUUUUUUUUUUUCACCCACUCUUCCUUUGAGGGCCUGAGGCUCUUGGCAAAAGCUAUGGGCUUCUCUACCGUGGGAAGGAGGGCUGUUUGGCUGAGAAAUUGGUCAGCAGAUUCCGCCUCUAAGAAUUCCUUAUGUGAUCUACCAUUCGACCAGGGGAUACUUUUUGGCUCUAGACUAGAUGACUUAUCAAGACAAAUGGCUGAAGGAAAGAAAGCCUUGCCUGAGUAUCACACGCAGAAACAUUGGCGCAAGAAUUUCUUUAGACACAGAUCUUCAUAUAAAGGUUCCUUUUGGAAGAGCUCUGUCAGAAGUUAACAGAGGAGAUCAUUUGGCUACAGACUUAAAAAUCAAUUUUCAGAGAAGAAAAAAUGAAAAUUGACACCGUGUCAGUGGGAGGAAGACUUAAUUAUUUUUCCAAAAUAGGAACAGACCACCUCAGACUGAUGGGUUCUAUCGAUCAUCAAAAAAGGUUAGCAAUUGGAACUCUCAGAGCUUCAACCAGGGGGCUUCCUUUGUUCCACAGUAUAUUCUUCACUAACCGCGACAGCACUGUUGAGAGAAGUAAUUAUAAUAUGGCAAAAGAAGGUUGUAGAAAGUCCUACAAAAGGAAGAACAAUAUUUUGGAACGUAUUCAAGACUCUUUCUAGUUAAAAAACUAGACGGAUCUUUCAGACUCCUCUCACAGCUGUAAACAUGCCCAUGAUAAAAUAGAAAUUUUGCAUAGAGACUUUUAUUUCAGCAACACAUAUUAUCCAGGUUGUAGCAGCCCCCGCGUAACCCGACGGGUUACCUCUGCUAAUUCACUUCCUUCAGCCGUUCAGGAACACCUUAGAAUAUGAGACCCAUUUCCCCCCCAGUAAUUGGACGAGACAGAGUUCUGGAGGUACAACACAAUUUUAUUGAGCCACACACGGCUUUUGAGGCUCCAUGUAAGGGGUCUUAAACACACCCAGACAGGGGUCGUAUCCCAGGAUCCUCUACACCAGGGAGCCCAAGCGCGGGGACGGAGGGUCGAUGUCCCUUUGUCUCCCAAAUAUGGAAAGCCCGCCACUCAGAUGAGGGGUCUCCCGCACAGGACGACAGGGGUCUUCAUCCCAGGAGCCUUUGUGCCUGGGAGCCAAGGCACGGGAAAAGCCCGCCAAACUAGCCAGUGCCCCAAAACUGUUCACACCAAUCCCAGAGACCCGCACAACGGCUCCUCUCUCACUAGCCUCCGUUCGUGAGGUCCCCAUGUGAAACCCAAAUAAGGGAAGCGUCUCCUUUCGGGGUCCGAACGUAACCCUGGCCGACGUUAGUCGGUACGGAUGGCGGCCACCCAGAGGAGCACUCAUUAAUUACUUCCCUUGCUGUUUCACACCUAUGUUGCAAGUGUGAACGUUCUGAUUUAAUUGGUGGGAACAUUCCAAUGGGGUGCUGGGGAGGUCCUCGUUCGGGGGAACAAAGGGGCCGGGAAACAACCCUUGAACGUUCCCCCUUGUUGGCGUUCGUCUAACGAAACGGCAGCCAUCCAGGGGAAGGCUCAUUAAUUGUGUCGUGUGUGAUUUGACACUUAUGUUGUGAGGUGAGAACAUUCUAACCUAACAUUCUCAAUGAGAUAUCGGGGUGGUCCCCGUUCGGGAGGGGAAUGGAAACACUCCCGAAUGGGGAGAAGGCACAAUACACGAAAACGUAGGAAAAUACACAUAAUAUAAAAAGGGAAUCCGUGAACAGGCAGGGGUUCUGCCACACAGGUCAUUGACUAAGUUCGGUCGAUGUAAGAUACCCAUCUCCACAUUGCUAUCGCAAAGAGAAGCAGAACAUUUCUGAGAUUUGCAAUAAAGUCUCAAGAACACGUUCUAUGUUACUAAUUUAAGGCUCUUACGUUUGGCCUUUCAUCUACACCAAAAGUCUUCACAAAGAUGCUGGUAGUUAUAACUGUAGGUGUGAGAAGAAAAGGAAUGCAUAUUGUUCUCUUUCAAAAAAAAAAAAAAAAAAAGUAGCUAUGGCUACUCCGUAGCUUCUUUACAAUAACAACUCAGUAUGUAUAUAAGAACUGCCUCAGAGUUACGAACAGAACAUGGUUAGAUUAUCCACAAUGAAAAAUCAGAGCUUGCUCUCACUCAAAGAAUUCAGUUUCUAAGUCUCAUUCUAGAUACCAUUCAAUUAAAAUUAAAUUGAAAAAUUACCGGAAGAGAAAAACUGAUUUUUAAUUCUAUUCAGAAACUAAAAAGAAAGAAAAAGCGUUCCAUAAUAGAGGCCAUGAGUCUUUUAGGACUUUUCACAGCAGUCAACUGGGAAAAAUCAAGAAUGAGGCCAAUUACAAGAAAACAUUCUAACAUACUGGAACAAGAAAACUUCCUCCUUAGACCAGAUCAUGGAACUAAAUGGUGGACAACCUCUAUCUUCCUAGAAGUAGGUUUUCUCCUUUUGCUCAAAGUUCCUCACUACAGAUGCCUCCAGACAGGGCUGGGGUGCUCAUUUAGAGACAAGGAAGAAAAAGGGACUUAAGGGAUUUAAAAGUAAUCUGGUUGGACCUCCUAUCUUUGAAGCCACAUCUCAUAAAUUGGCAUGUACAGAGAAGAACAUGUAAUUAUGAAUUAUGUAAACAGACACGGAGGUACAAGAUCUUUUCUUCUGGAAAAAGUGUUCCCAGAUCAUGCUCUUGACGGAGAUUUAUCUUCUCUUGAUCUCAGCAGUUCAUAUUAAAGGAGAUCACAAUACAUUAGCAGAUGCUGUAAGCCGGAAUCACCUGAAGAAAGCGUACUGGUCUCUUACAGCCCACACAUUUCACGACAUUACUGCAAAGUUCGGUACACCAGUUAUAGACCUCAUUGCUAUAAAGACAAAUCACCUUACUGAAUCCAGCAGAUAGUCCCAGUUUCACAGACACUCUUUUUCGAUUCCAUGGAAUUUCUCCCUAGCAUAUACAUUUCCACCACUGGUUCUCAUUCCUUAGAUCUUACAGAAGAUCAUAGCAGAAAAAGCGAGGAUUAUUAUCCUUCCUUGGAUAAUGUACUCAUGUAUUUGGAGAAAGUUCUGUUCCUGGUGUUUUAAUAUUUAAGGAAGAUCCUCUGUGCCCUUCCAUUCUGAUUAUCUUAAAAUUUCGGCAGUUGGGCUAGACUAAAGGGCUUUGCCCAGCUUCACGUUCAGAUUUCGGCUCUUAGCUUCUACUGAUUGUACUAGAUUCUUCUUUUUUUAGAGUCUUCAAAGCUUUAUCUAGGCUGCUUGUUCCUCCAUGGGAGCUUAACCCAUUAAGGCCACAUGACAUGUGUGACGUCAUGAUUCCCUUUUAUUCCAGAAGUUUGGUCCUUAAGGGGUUAAUCUGGUUUUGUCAGCCUAAUCUGAAGCUCAAUACUAACCAUUAGAUUCUAGUUUUCUCAACAUCAUUAGUUAUAAAACAAUAUUUUUAGUGGCUGUGACUUCUGCUACACGCCUUGGUGAACUACAGGCAUUGUCCUCCAUAUAUUCUCUUCCAUCAAGAUCAAGUCGUAUUUCAACUUCAUGCCUCCUUUAUCCUGAAGGUCUGUUCCACAUCUAAUAUCAACCAAGAAAUUGUCCUUCCAACUUUCUGCCAAAAUCCAAGGAAUUCUAUGGAAGAGAAGUUUAAUUGUUUAGACAUAAAACCUUCUUUGCAGCUUUACCUGGACAAUACCAAACCUUUUUGCAAAUUUGACAGGUUUUGUUCUUUUUCAAGAUCUAAAGAAGGUUUAAUGGCUUCAGAAAGCUCUCGAGCGAGAUGGAUCAAAGAAACUAUUCGGCUGGCUUACAUUUCCUUUCAGGCUUCUCCUCAAAAUAUAAAGGCACAAGGCACGUUCUACAAGAGCCAUUGACACAUAUUGGGCCUUCAAAGCUUCUGCGACUCCUCAGAUAUGUAAAGCAGCCACUUCACGCCUUCUCAAGAUACGACAGAUUAGCCGUACUGGCCUCUGAAGACUCAAUCUUUGUGUGCAAGGUGUUGCAGACAGUGGCUAAUAUGCUCCCUAAAGGAAUGCUUGUUCAUCCCAGUCGUAGUUCUCUAAUCUGGAGGGAAAGGCAUACAUUUUACUUACCGUUAAUUUCUUUUACUUUAGAAUUCGAGGUCGUGCACAUAUUUUCUUCCCUAUUUAAUAAAUAUAUUUUGCAGUUUUUUGGGUUCUGUAUUUUCGGGCUUGCUGCAUUUAUAUAGUAUCAAAGGAGGAUCUAACCAAUUUCAUUUUUACGGUCUGCCUGCCUUUCCACUCCAGUCAUAGAGCUUCUAAUACUAUAAAAUAAGAGAUUUACAAUAAGUAAAAUGUAUGCUUUCAUUUCACUGAGUUAUAUUGCCCCCCGAUUCGCUGGGUGUUUACACGGUAACCCUGCACCUACGUUCUCUGGGUAUAUACAGGGUAGAUUUGCCCCCAUUCUCUGGGCAUAUAUUAGGUAGAUUUGCCCCAUGCUCUGGGUAUAUACUGGUUACAGUUGCCCCAAUUCUCCAGGUAUAUACAGGGUUGAGUUGCCCCUAUUCUCCGGGUAUCUACAGGGUAGAGUUGCCCCUAUUCUCUGGGUAUGUACAGGGUAGAUUUGCCCCAAUCUCUGGGUAUAUACAGGGUAGAGUUGCCCCUAUUCUCUGGGUAUAUACAGGGUAGAGUUGCCCCUUGCUCUGGGUAGAUUUGCCCCCAUUCUCUGGAUAUAUAUUGCGUAGAUUUGCCCCCUUUUCUGGGUAUGCACAGGGUAGAUUUGCCCCCAUUGUCUGGGUAUGUACAGGGUAGAGUUACCCUCUUCUCUGGGUAUGCACAGGGUAGAUUUGCCCCCAUUCUCUGGGUAUGCACAGGGUAGAUUUGCCCCCAUUCUCUGGGUAUGAACAGGGUAGAUUUGCCCCCGUUCUCUGGGUAUGCACAGGGUAGAGUUGCCCCCGUUCUCUGGGUAUGCACAGGAUAGAGUUGCCCCCGUUCUCUGGGUAUGCACAGGGUAGAGUUGCCCCCGUUCUCUGGGUAUGCACAGGGUAGAGUUGCCCUCUUCUCUGGGUAUGCACAGGGUAGAGUUGCCCUCUUCUCUGGGUAUGCACAGGGUAGAGUUGCCCCCAUUCUCUGGGUAUGCACAGGGUAGAUUUGCCCCCAUUCUCUGGGUAUGCACAGGGUAGAUUUGCCCCCAUUCUCUGGGUAUGCACAGGGUAGAUUUACCCCCAAUCUCUGGGUAUGUACAGGGUAGAUUUGCCCCCGUUCUCCGGGUAUGCACAGGGUAGAGUUGCCCUCUUCUCUGGGUAUGCACAGGGUAGAGUUGCCCUCUUCUCUGGGUAUGCACAGGGUAGAGUUGCCCUCUUCUCUGGGUAUGCACAGGGUAGAUUUGCCCCCAUUCAUUGGGUAUAUUACACAUUCAGCCCUUGGUCUCAGUGUCUGUUUUCCUAUAGGUUGGCUGUGGUGCAGUGUGUUGCGGUAAUCUGGAAUUCCUAUCUCUCCUGGAAAGCCAACCAGUUAUGAAUCUGUUACACGUCCUGGAGGAUUGGAAGCACGUGCCUGGAAAUGGAUAUAUGUGAUCAUAUUGGAUGUGUUUCUCUCACGCCUUGAAUUAUAUCAGGACUCGUGCAUUACACCUACAUCUCCACUGGGGGCAGCACUCUGGAAUAAACUUGUUAUAUCCUCGGUUACCACUGGGGGCAGCUCUCGGUAUUAAAAAGGUUCAAUCUUUUUUUACUCCUGGGGCAGCUCUGAUGGUGAAACACUCUUGCCUCCACCUCUAGUCUCUGCCCUGGAGGAUUUUGCUUACGGGAGCCAUAGUGCUCAUGUCAUGCCAGGAGAAGUUAGGUUAUAUAUUAUCAUAUAUAUUAUAUAAUGCUAUAAAUUGUGUGGACUGGAUAUCUCGUUGAGAUGGUUCUGCUACUAUUAUAAAGCAAUGUAUUAUUAUUCUGAGAUUGUUUGUUUUUAUCAUGGAGACAGCUAUUUGUAUCCCCACAUGUCUUACUGAUGAUUUCAGAGAAUAAAAUGUAUUAUUUUACCUAUAAAUUCUCCUCUCUUGUCUGUGUUUCCCAGUCAGACUGGUCGUAUAUACAGUGUGUUAUCAGACUGGCUGUAUAUACAGUGAGUUAUAUCAGACUGGCCGUAUAUACAGUGAGUUAUAUCUGACUGGGCGUAUAUACAGUGCGUUAUAUCUGACUGGCCGUAUAUACAGUGCGUUAUAUCUGACUGGCCGUAUAUACAGUGUGUUAUAUCUGACUGGCUGUAUAUACAGUGAGUGAUAUCAGACUGGCAGUAUAUACAGUGAGUGAUAUCAGAUUGGCCGUAUAUACAGUGAGUUAUAUCAGACUGGCCGUAUAUACAGUGCGUUAUAUCUGACUGGCUGUAUAUACAGUGAGUGAUAUCAGACUGGCUGUAUAUACAGUGAGUGAUAUCAGACUGGCAGUAUAUACAGUGAGUUAUAUCAGACUGGCCGUAUAUACAGUGAGUUAUAUCAGACUGGCCGUAUAUACAGUGAGUUAUAUCUGACUGGCUGUAUAUACAGUGAGUGAUAUCAGACUGGCAGUAUAUACAGUGAGUUAUAUCAGAUUGGCCGUAUAUACAGUGAGUUAUAUCAGAUUGGCCGGAUAUACAGUGCGUUAUAUCAGACUGGCCGGAUAUACAGUGCGUUAUAUCAGACUGGCAGUAUAUACAGUGUGUUUUAUCAGACUGGCAGUAUAUACAGUGUGUUAUAUCAGACUGGCCGUAUAUACAGUGUGUUAUAUCAGACUGGCAGUAUAUAGUGUGUUAUAUCAGACUGGCCGUAUAUACAGUGUGUUAUAUCAGACUGGCAGUAUAUAGUGUGUUAUAUCAGACUAUCAGUAAAUACAGUGUGCUAUAUCAGACUGGCAGUAUAUACAGUGUGUUAUAUCAGACUGCUAGUCUCAUAUAUUAGACACUGUAUAUACUGCCAGUCUGAUGUAACGCACCGUAUAUACUGCAAGUCUUAUAUACUGCUAGUCUGAUAACACACUGUAUGUACUGCCAGUUAAUAUACUGCUAGUCUGAUAACACACUGUAUGUAUAUACUGCCAGUCUGAUAUAUCAGACUGGCAGUAUAUACAGUGUAAUAUAUUAGACACUGUAUAUACUGCCAGUCUGAUGUAACGCACCGUAUAUACUGCAAGUCUUAUAUACUGCUAGUCUGAUAACACACUGUAUGUACUGCCAGUUAAUAUACUGCUAGUCUGAUAACACACUGUAUGUAUAUACUGCCAGUCUGAUAUAUUACACUGUAUAUACUGCCAGUCUGAUAUAUUAGACACUGUAUAUACUGCCAGUCUGAUAUAUCACACUGUAUAUACUGCCAGUCUGAUAUAUUACACUGUAUAUACUGCCAGUCUGAUAUAUUAGACACUGUAUAUACUGCCAGUCUGAUAUAUUACACUGUAUAUACUGCCAGUCUGAUAUAUUACACUGUAUAUACUGCCAGUCUGAUAUAACGCACUGUAUAUACUGCCAGUCUGAUAUAACGCACCGUAUAUACUAGCAGUAUAAAUGCAAUGUUAUAUCUGGGGUCGAUGAGAGGGUUUUGGGUUAUGAUGACGGCCGUUCCCUUGACACUUUCUGUGAUGUAUAAGUGCUCAGGUGUUUUACAAAUCAGUCUCUAAUUACAACAUUAAACGUGUUCCUAGCGAGCUGAUGGGGAACAAGCUCAGGCGGCUGUUUUGUCAUUAAGUCGUUGGUUCUUUUCCAUGCUGUGCUCAUGGUUAAUCUUGUUCUUUGUUUUUUGCCAGGAACAGAAUCAAACUGAACGUUUUGCCAGCGAUGUGUGAGUGGGAUACGGAUAGAAUAUUCUCACAUUGUCUGUUUAAUAACGUUUGGUUUUCCCAGUCUGUCCCGGGAUGAAUCGUUACAAUAUCAGUAUGUCUGCCAGCCUGAGCAUUCUGUGUACACGAUCUAUAAGGGUUAAAUAAAACUAGUCAACAUCCAGUGGGUGAGGAGGGCGAGACAAUGGGUGGUUAAUGAACAUUUAGUGUCCCUUAAACUAUGCAGUGUACGUCCUCUAUAUCAUAAACUGUACCGAAGACGUGAGGGAGAGCGAGAAGUUCUGCCUCUGUCGUAGCUUGUGAAGUGGAUAAUAAUGUCUUACUAUACACGUACAGGUCGCAAUCCUGUCCACACAUCUGUAAGCAUAUGCUUAUAUAGUUCCAGAAUGACUGUAAAUGUGUCUCGGCCUCCACACAACCACUAGAAUUGCCCUGAGACAUUGUGGUCCUCCUAGCAUCACACUAACCCCUUGUAGCCAAUGUGAUGUUAAAUAGAAGUAAACGCUUAGUACAAAGAAGCCCCUGGAUCCGUCUCCCAUACAAAGGAAAUCAAUCUUAUCAGAUGGGGAUAUUAAAUGGCGUUUAGUCCUACUCAUUGAAGUGGCGGCCUGAAGGUGGUUUCAAUAAAAAGCAAGUGAAGACCCCUAGAUCUUUCCAUACAAAGUGGAGCAAUUGAGGGCAAUGGCCAUAAUCGGUAGUUGGUAAAGAUUCUCCCAGUUAGGUACAUGAUCAGGUUUACCUUUUAACCUUGGUUCUAUGGAAAGCAAUGUGCAGAUUAAUUUAAUAAAUGUUAAAGAAAACAUCUACGCCUCUUUGAAGUCACCUUAACCCCUUAAGGACCCAUGACGUGUGACAUGUCAUGAUUCCCUUUUCUUCCAGAAGUUUGAUCCUUAAGGGGUUAAUCUAAAUCGUCACACUAAGCCUGGUGGAGACUUGUGAUCUCUAAACCUAAAUAGACAAUUCUGGUGACAGAUUGCAGGGAUUGGAAAAUAAAUGGUGUUUAAAGCGUCCGCUGCCUUUAUUCUGCAUACAGCCUGAUUAGGAGUUAUUCACUAAAGCAUGGCUUGUCCACAAUUCAUUAAAUUUAACUUGUAAUCCAAAAUAACUAAGCUGGAAACUUAGCUGUCAUGUACGAUUUAUCCAAUUUGUCUCUUAGUCUAAAAUAAUAUAUACAGCCAUUUUACGGUAUGAGUUGAAUGUAAUUCAUCAAAUUCCUCUUGGAUACAUUCUCUGUCAGCGUUUAUAUUUUGAUAUUAUAAGGUCCCGCUAGCCAUCGUUUUCUUUUAAGCCAUGCUAACCAGUUCCCAUGCGACAGUCUGCCCCAAGCAUCUCUUUAUUCAUCCCACUUAUAACUUUAUCAGUUUCAUCAUAGCACCUGGACGUUGGUCUUCGGAUCCCCAAACUUCUGCGGAGGUCAGAGGAAGGUCCUCUCGUUGUCAUUGUGUGGCCUUGCUACAUCGUCUCCUGGCCACGUUCCACGUUUAUGUCACUUAGCAGCUAACCUCCACAUAACCUUCACUCCUUCCGAAUACGUCUGCAUGGGAGAUCACCGCUUUAAUCCCCUGAGAAACGCAAUUACAGCAAACCACGAGGAAAUGAACCGGGACCACGUCUGACAGCUGCUGGCUGCCAAAUCUUGGAGCGGUGACGGGAGAUGGUAUCCAGCCAGUAAUGUGUUCAUUAGGACAGGUACAUGCCUGGAAUGUUUAAAUGGGCAGACGCUCUGACGAGUCCCAGCCUGGUCCUUUCAUCAGAAGUUAUCAUUUUGACUGUGAGUGAAGCCAUGUACGAAACAGUCUCAUUUAGUAAAGCACUUCUUGGAAUUGCUAUUUAGAGUCUUACCAUAAACGCCAAG